AUGCUGAGCUCCAUCAAGUGCGUGCUGGUGGGCGACUCCGCUGUGGGCAAGACCUCCCUGCUGGUGCGCUUCACCUCCGAGACCUUCCCCGAGGCCUACAAGCCCACAGUGUAUGAGAACACGGGCGUGGACGUCUUCAUGGACGGCAUCCAGAUCAGCCUGGGCCUGUGGGACACGGCCGGCAACGACGCCUUCCGGAGCAUCCGCCCCCUGUCCUACCAGCAGGCGGACGUGGUGCUGAUGUGCUACUCCGUGGCCAACCACAACUCGUUCUUGAACUUGAAGAACAAGUGGAUUGGUGAAAUCAGGAGCAACUUGCCGUGUACCCCGGUGCUAGUGGUGGCCACCCAGACUGACCAGCGGGAGAUAGGACCCCACAGGGCCUCCUGCAUCAAUGCCAUCGAAGGGAAGAGACUGGCUCAGGAUGUGAAGGCCAAGGGCUACCUGGAGUGCUCAGCCCUUAGCAACAGGGGGGUCCAGCAGGUAUUUGAGUGUGCUGUUCGAACUGCGGUCAACCAGGCCAGGAGGCGGAACAGGAGGAGGCUGUUCUCCAUUAACGAGUGCAAGAUCUUCUAACCCCCAAGAUUCUUCACCCACCACCCUCGCACGCACCCCAGGACUGAUGGGGAGAGGGAGAGCGGGCAUACCAGCAAGGGCCGAGUCUCCUAGGGGCAUCCCGAGUGACCUUAGUUACCCACUGGACUUGACCACUGGACGAUCUUCCUAACCACACUCUGCAAAUGAACUCCUUGCCCCCGUCCAUUCAGAAAAGUCCUUGGGAAACUGUCAUGAGCAUUUCGUCUAGAAUUAAAAAAAGCAAACUCAGUGUCCCAAAUAAUGUC